ACUGCGCAUGCGUUAGAAAUUAUGGCGUAUCGUAUGAGAAUUUUUUACUAAUCGUUUUCGAGGAUUAUUCAUCGAGAAGGCAUGUUUUCAUCACUUUAUAUUGAUUUGGUUACAAGAUAGUAUAGCUCCUUUAACUCCACUGAAGACAAAUUUGAACAAGAGGUAAUGAUCUACAGUUGUUGUUUAAUAAAAACUUCUUGGCCAAAAAAAAGGUGUGCGUCCUCCAAUCGCCGAUCAUUGUUGUACCUGUAAAACUCGGGUAAAAUCCCGAUCCUGUUGUGUCAUUUGUUUACAUUAUUUAGCAAAUCGUUGUAUGUAGUUGUUAAUUUUGGAUUAAUUCUACUAUUUUUCAUCAGACAAUGGAUAAAUUAAGAAAAUUUAGUUUCCGAAAGAAAAGAAAUCAUAUACCAGAGUCAUCCAAACCUCAUCAAUGGCAGGAAGAUGAAAAGAAAGUCAGAGAAGGCUCUUGCUCGUUUCAAGUUCGGUAUCUAGGGUGCGUGGAAGUAUUCGAAUCGAGAGGUAUGCAGGUCUGCGAAGAAGCAGUGAAAGCCCUAAAAGCGCAGUGCAAGGGAAAAUACCAAAGAGCUAUUUUAUACGUUAGCGGUGAUGCUUUAAGAGUAGUUGACGAAAUAAGUAAAGGAUUAAUCGUUGAUCAAACUAUAGAGAAAGUUUCAUUUUGCGCUCCGGAUAGAGCACAUGAAAAGGGAUUUGCAUAUAUCUGUAGAGAUGGAACAUCUCGCAGAUGGAUGUGCCACGGAUUUUUGGCUCUUAAAGAAUCUGGUGAGAGAUUAUCUCAUGCUGUAGGAUGUGCGUUUGGACUAUGUUUAGAAAAGAAGCAAAAAAGGGAUAAAGAUGCUUCGAAUGUUCAAGUAACAUAUAACGAAAAAGGAACUAGUUUUACGAGAACCGGAUCUUUUAAACAAACAACUUUAACUGAACGUCUUGAAGAUCCUCAGGCAGCGCUUAUUGCCGAUCCUGUGCCUGAAAAAAAUAUACAAAACCCACACGCUGUACAAAGACCCCAUGCUUCCCAGGAUAUGCUAAUCAGACAGGGAUCCUUUAAGGGAUUUCAAAAACUCAGUCAAAAAUCCUCUCCUUUUAAACGCCAACACUCACUUCGGUUGGAAGACCUUCCAUCAACUUUAGAAAGGCAAGGCGGGGACACCAAUUACCCGAAUGGCUUCAGUGUGCAUACUAUUCCUGAAGCUUCUCCAUCAAAAGAAGAAGCAGAAGCAUCAAUCUCUGAUAUUUGUAAGCAGAUUUCGAGUGGGUUGAAUGUGAACGAGGAUGAUCCGUAUUUGGCAAGUUUACCUCUGAAAACUAAUCCAAAUACUGUCAAUCACGUAACUACCAAAGCGACCAUUUACCAACAAGAAAGUAAUUCCAAAUCAGUGCAAUUACCCGAACCGAUUCGACACCCUAAUCCUUGGCAAAAAGAGGAACGACGGCCAGAUGGAGAAACUUGGCUGCAAACAGUAUCAACGAACCCGUUUAAAACUUCUUACGUUGCAAAUCAGCAUAAUCGCAGCCAAUCGGUCGAUACAGCAGGAACGUCUGUAUUUGGCCAUCAACCAACCGUCCCCAAUAAAUCGGGUUUCGACCCUUUUGACGCCGCCUGGGUAGGGGCAAAACCUAGGGGGCCUCCUCAAGCACCAGUAGCCCCCACUAAUCCAUUCGCUGUUGAAAUGGGCAAUGCUCAGAAAACUUUCGAAGUAAAAUUGUAG